AUGAAACCCCGCAGUCCCUCCAUAUUAAAACAAUUUAUUAUACUCACCGGAUUAUUGUCAGUUUUUCUACUAGCAGAAGUAUCUGGCUCACAGCAGAUCACAUCCGAAAGAAAUUCAGCAAGAAAUAGAUCCAGUCAGAAAUCGGGUAAAAAAGAAGAAGGGUCUAUUACACUCUCUUCUAUCCUGUACAAUGGUGGAUUUAUUGCGUACAGGGCAAUAUAUAGUGUGUUUACAAUCGAUGGAAUAAUUCUAUUUAUACUUCCAUACGCCAUUUCUACUUUUGGUGGUAUGCGGAAUGGAGUGCUUAAUACAGGAAGAGAGUCAAAAAAAACUGAAAAGAUAUUUGACUUUGUAACUUCCUUUCUGAUCUGCACAAUAUUUACAUUAUUCGGUGGACUGUGCAUUCUGCCCUCUAAAAUACCUUACUACGGUGUUGUUCUUAGUAUAUACAGUGCGCUAGGCCUAGCAUCAGUUUUUUGUCUACUGCUUACAUACUCUAAGAAUUACAAAUAUGCAAGUACAGAAGCAAGUGCAGAUGUUGCAAAUCGUGUGAAAACUGCAAGUUACAUUACAAGUAUUGCUUUAAUUGGAAUUUCAUACGGUGCUAUUGCAUUUGGGGGUCCAAUUGCCCGGGAUAUGAUUGUUGCUAGCAAUGCAAUUAUGUUUUCCAGUAUUUUUUAUUACAUUGGGUGCUGCUUCAGUGAUAAACCUAGCACAAAGUCCUCAAAGAAAGCCGCAAUAUUGAAUUUCUCUGGAUCAAGCAUAUGCAGUAUAGUUAUUUAUUGGUGCUUGCACUAUUUAUGCGAGCAUGUCAACCAGCAAACAGGAAUUUUAUGCAAUUUAUUCAAUAUAAGCCCAGGUCAGAGCAUACUUUCCUAUUUAAACCCAUUUAGAUAA